AUGUCCUCCGACGACUUGAAGAAGCUCAACAAGAACAAGAAGCUCAUCAAGAAGCUUGCUCGCAAGUACGAUGCCUUCCUUGCUUCCGAGGCUCUGAUCAAGCAGAUUCCCCGUCUGCUCGGUCCCGGUCUGUCCAAGGCCGGUAAGUUCCCUACCCCCGUCGGUCACGGCGAGGACAUGCAGGCCAAGGUCAACGACGUCAAGUCUACCAUCAAGUUCCAGCUUAAGAAGGUUCUCUGCCUCGGUGUCGCCAUCGGCAACGUCGGCAUGACCGAGGAGGAGCUUGUUGCCAACCUCAUGCUGUCUGUCAACUACCUCGUCUCCCUGCUCAAGAAGGGCUGGCAGAACGUUGGCAGCCUUGUCAUCAAGGCUUCCAUGUCUCCCCCCCACCGUGUCUACUAG